GCUGCCGCUGUUGCUACCAUGGACUGCUGCUGGUGAUGUGGAGGAGGUAACGGUGUCCACUUCAUCAGCACCGAAGACGACAUGGCAUGAUACUUGUUUUUUUAAAGUCUUUUUGGCGUUUUAAGUUCGUCGGUCUUCAAUUCAAGACGUGAUAUACAUUGAGUUUACUCAGAAAAGACAAAAAAUAAAAGGAAAGGUAGCGACGGACUACAACGGCUAGCAGCUAACAUUAGCUAGUUGCGUCCUGUCCUGUUGGGCUGUGGAGGAACACGACUCGGCUUCAUAAAAGAGUCGGUGUUCUGCACUUCACACAACGAUGCGUGAAGCGUAUACGUAUCUGGCUGUUGUCUGAAGGUCUGAGCUUGUCCAGAACUUGCAUCCAAGUCUUAAAGGUCUAACGUCGACUCAAGAUGAUGAGCUAAAUUGAUGUUUGGAUUCAAAGCAGCGCAUAUCGAACAACUGCAGAGAUGAGUCAACUGUGGCAGCGAGACAUACCACUGUCACAGAGGUUCGGGAAUGACUCUCCAGUUGGCAUUGCCCCGGGCUCUCCAGCCACUGUGGCCCCAAAAGGUUCCAACUCCUCCUUGGUACCAGCAACCCCACUGGUCACAACAGAGGACCCAUUUUUCCUCAUGACCUCCACUGCCCAAACCAUAUCAGGGGUUUUUGUUUGGACUGCUCUGCUAAUCACAUGUCACCAGAUUUACAUGCACCUUCGUUACUACAGCUCUCCCAAUGAACAAAGGCACAUCGUGAGGAUCCUCUUCAUCGUCCCCAUCUAUGCCUUUGAUUCUUGGCUCAGCCUUCUGUUCUUCACCAAUGAGGAGUAUUAUGUGUACUUUGACACUGUCAGAGACUGCUAUGAAGCCUUUGUCAUCUACAACUUCCUGAGUCUGUGUUAUGAGUAUCUGGGAGGAGAGAGCGCCAUCAUGGCUGAGAUCAGAGGGAAACCUAUUGAGUCAAGUUGCAUGUAUGGGACCUGUUGCCUGUGGGGAAAGACCUACUCCAUUGGUUUCCUCAGGUUCUGCAAACAGGCAACUCUCCAGUUCUGUGUGGUGAAACCCUUGAUGGCAGUGAUCACUGUCAUUCUUCAGGCCUUUGGAAAAUACAGGGAUGGAGACUUCAAUGUGGCUAGUGGCUACCUGUACGCGACCAUUAUCUACAACAUCUCCGUCAGUCUGUCGCUCUACGCACUCUUCCUCUUCUACUUUGCCACACGUGAACUGCUUGUCCCAUACAGCCCCGUGCUGAAGUUCUUCAUGGUGAAGUCGGUCAUCUUUCUCUCUUUUUGGCAAGGAAUGCUGCUGGCCAUCCUGGAGAAGUGCGGAGCCAUCCCCAAGAUCAAGUCUGCUGACUUCUCGGUGGGCGAGGGAACAGUCGCUGCUGGUUACCAAAACUUCAUCAUCUGCAUUGAGAUGUUCUUUGCUGCUGUUGCUUUGCGCCACGCCUUUACCUACAAAGUCUACAUGGAUAAAAGACUGGACUCAUAUGGCUCAUUUCCUAUCUAUGGACAGUACGGUCGCUGUGCUCCAAUGAAGAGCAUCUCCAGCAGCCUUAAGGAGACCAUGAAUCCAGGGGACAUGGUCCAGGAUGCCAUUCACAACUUCUCCCCGGCUUAUCAGCAGUACACCCAGCAGUCCACACUGGAGCGAAGCGGGGGGCCACCCCUGUCCCGCAGCCAUAGUAACCUCAGCACCCGUGGAGAUACUGAAAAAACCCUGCUGCUCAGCUCAGACGAUGAGUUCUGAGACUCACACAUACACACACUAAGGGUCACUUUACCCCCAGAGUCCAUGUUGAGUGUUAGGAGGUCUGUAUUUGAAUCAGAUUUCUUGUUCCAACCUGGACAUGGAAGAUCAGAUUCAGGUUUUUGUUUCUUUUUUUAUAUAUAUUUACUAAGAAAAGAAAUAUCAGAUUUAUGUCAGCCUUAGGACACUGUGGUUAGAAGGGAGAUAAGGUGUUUGACAGCAAAUAAGAAUAAAUAAGGUAAAAAAAACAAACAGGAAACAUGUCAUUAAAAAUAAAGUGUGUGUGUUGGGGGUUGGCAGUAUUUGUGUUAACACCAUACAGGCCAUUACUGACGAAAAGUCUUCUUUCAUGCACUGAAUAUGAAUCAGUAAAAAUAACCAUGCCUGCACAGAGCAUCUUUAUACUACACCUUAGACUCUGUGGCAAAGAAAACAUGUAGAUAUAAGGUGUGUGCAAGAGAAAAUAAGUGCCAUCCUCAUCAGAAACACAUGGCCUCUUCUUUACUUAAGUUUUUAUAUUGCAUAUGCCUCAUUAUUCAUCUGCUAUCUCUGCCCUUGACUGAAACAUUGCCAAAUAGAGGGAGCAGUAACCUGCACUUCAGUUAGUGAGACACACUGUCUUAAAAUGUAGAAGUUAAUUACAGAAAAGUAAGGAGUGUUUGAAUUGCAGUGCUUGAUUUUAAUAUAUAAUAAUUGAAUUCACUUUUCUUUAAAUGUUGUACGACCUUGAAGGUGUAACUCGUUUAGUGGGGUGGAAAUUGUUAUUACAGAAAUGUUAUAAAUAUAUUACAAUGUUUUGAUUUUCUUGUGGAUUCAUAUGUGCAAGUGAGUCAAAGUGUAUUGGUAUGACUGCUGUUGUUGGCCCGACUUUGGGGCCUUGCAUGAUGUUAUUGUUUGUGGAGCACAGAGAGAACAGCUGUGGGAUAGAGAUUGUAGCGUGGGCUUUGGGACUGACGGAAGGACAACACCCACAAAGAUUACAGAUUGCUGGAGAAGCAACACUUCCUGCAGAGCUGGCCCAGCUGUGAUGUGCUGUGGAUUAUAUUCCCUAAUUGAGGACAAUUCCAGGCAGCACAGAUCAGGCCUGCAUCUGUUGGCAUUGCUCAUAAUGACAUCAAUGUUAUAGAAAUGAGUGAGGACAUGGGUCACUACAGAAAGAUCGGGACACUACGUACAAAUAAGGACAAGCAUUACAUUUGAAAGUACUCACAUUUUUAAUAGGCAUACUGUAUAUGGGCAUUAAAAUUAAAUGACAUAAUGUUCAGGCACAGGUAGAAAAUAUAUAUAUGUUAAGGGAACACACUGUCGUUCAUACUGUUCAACUGAAGUUUAAUUUGUUCUUACAGCCUUAAAAUUGUUUGUGGUUGUGAUCGAAUCUAUUUGCUGGUGGAGCACAGCGUUGCAAAAGCUGAUGUAAGUUCUAACGCUGUCUCUAAAUGUGUUAACUGUUUUUGUUGUUGAAAGCGGAAUCCAAACAGAUUGAUUUAAGUUUAUUGACCUCAGGUAAAUGUACAGUACAGUACAGUACAGUCCUCCUGAGUCAUGAAUGUGGUCAUGAAAAUGUUUCCCUUACUAACACCUACACUGAAAUCACACAUUCACUUGUGUAUCCAUCUUUCUGAUGUGCAUGCAGUCAUUCCGUUAAAGGCAAUGGUUGGGUGAAUUCUAUUAAUUUAUUAUGAACUUAAUGUUAUUGAAAAAGUGAUAUUCACUGCAUAAUGCUGUUACCUAGGGGCAAAGUAUGUCAAACUCAAAACACAACGAGAUGGUAGUUUUGAUACUAUGUGAGUUUAAAGCUGGAUGUACAAUACUGAGUAUAUUGAUACAGGAUUUUUAUUCCAGAAAAGAAAGUUUUAAAUAUGGUUUAACUGAGCACUGAGAAAAACAUACAUGAUGAUGACUGAAAUGGCAUUGCCUGGUAUAGUGCUUUGUUUUAAUAAUUUUGUGUUUUAAUACUUUAAUUUUCAUAUAUUCUUAACUUUUAUUUCUUUUGUAUACUUUUUGCUUUGUAUAUUGGUAAAGUUUUGGUAAUGCUAUUUGGUUUCUGUUGGUGUUGAAAAAGAAAUAAAGACAAAUGGAAACAA